GUCUUGCUAGUAGGCAAGAGGGAAGGCUGGCGCUGGGUGGUGUCACGUGAUUUGCCUGCUGGAGUGCCCCACCCUCGCUGCUCCCAAGGGCUCUGUCCCAGAGCCAUCUCUCAAUUCCCUGGGGCUCCUGGUUACUGUUGUUGCUUCUCUCAGGACAGAAAAAGAACAAUCCGGACAUGGAAGAACUCUCGAGGGAGAAGGAAGCAGUGCCUUCGAAGCAAGCACAAGUGGAAAACGGUAAAGAGCCACAGGAGGAAGGACAGUCAGAAGUAGCCUUUUCUCCGGAAGAGGAAGAAAGGUCAGAAAGCCAGGCAAAGGCAGGAGAUGAGGGGAUGCUGCCAAGGCGCCAAGAGCAGCCGGAGCCCGAGAGAAGGGCAAAACAGGAAGGAAGGCCAGAGACACAGGGAAACCCAGAAUUUAGUAAAGGGAACCCUGCUGGAAAGCGCCCGGCUGAGGACCCCCUGCCCAGAAAAGCCAAAAGAAAAACCAACAAGGGGCUGGCCCACUGCCUCAAGGAGUAUAAGGAGGCCAUCCACGAUAUGCACUUCAGCAAUGAGGACAUGAUUAGGGAAUUUGACAACAUGGCCAGGGUAAAGGAGGAUGAGAGAAAGAACAAGCAGAAGAUGGGACACAUCUUCUGGAUGCAAAGAAGUUUGCAGGACCCCUUCCACCCAAGGGGCCCAAGGGAAUUCAGGGGUGGCUGCAGGGCCCCUCGAAGGGACAUCGAAGACAUCCCUUAUGUUUAGUUCCCUGGUCAGCACUUGCUGCUGCUUCGAUUUAGGCUGCAUCCUGUUUGACCCUGCCGUGUUCUGAUCCCAGUGCAGUAGAUUUUCCUUCACCGCAUGGAAAAAAUAUUCAGAGUGCAUUGUCAAAUCAAAGUACAUAAGCCACAGAACCCUCUAUUUGGCACCAGCCCACUUUUGUGAAAAUGCAACACAUAGUAAUCUACAUGGAGAAAACAAGUAUUUGAGAAUUA